AAAAAAUUAAUUAAAAAGAUAUAAAUAAUUAUUCAAUUUCAUUAUGGGAAUUUGUGGCUCUAAACCAAAAAAAAAUAAAGAAAACAGAAGGAAAUCAUAUUAGGUUUCUGAAAUAUCACAAAUUAAGCAGAUUUAAAGUUUAUAAUAAGCUAUUAGCAAAAAGCCAAUAAAAUGUUUAAAACAUUAAUCUGAAAAAUGCUAAUUAAAUUAUAUCAAUUUGUAAAAUUUUAGCCUACUUUGUGAUGAAGAUAUAAAAAAAGAUGUAUUCAAUUAAAAUUAAACAAUGAAAUUAGAUGAUUUUUUGAAAAAAUUAUGCGAAGAUGCUUAAGAUUUUAUCAAUAAUCCUUCUAAAUAGAAUGAAAACAAUUUAAAAAAUGAAUAGAUUGAAGUUAAAUUGAUAGAAAAAUUAACAUCCCUUUAAAGUAAUGGGAUUGCAUAAUCUAUUUCUAAUAUAGAGAGAUUAGUGAUAAAAUUUGAAUCCGUUGCCAAUAAAUUUGAUGAAGAAAUAAGCAUUAUAUUUAGAGGCUUAAGCAACAAAACAAAAUAAGAAAUAAAAGAUAUUCUAUAACAAAAUUGUUAAAUAUAUCCAAAGUUUUUUAAAAUUAAAAAGGAACUAAUUGAGUAUUAUGACCUUUACUUAACUUUAUAUUAAAUGAUUAGUAUGAAAGUUUAGGAUUGUCUCAGAACUGUUGAAGAAUUUAAAUUAACUUUAGAUGUUUUUUCACAACAAGAUGAUUCCAUACUCUUUUCUUCUGAAGAAAUAACUUACGAAACAGCGACUUAAGAAAUGAAUAAAAUGUUAAAAAAUAUUGGUUUACAGUUAGAUCAAGGAUAAUAUUAAAGACCCAAGUGCUAAUAGCACACAGCUUGCUUUUUAGAAAGAAUGGAUAUUAGAAAUUUUAGAAUAUUUUGCUCUAAUGACAAUAAAAAUGACCUUUAAACUCCCUUAGAUAUAAUACUAAAAUAAUUAUUUAACAGAGAGAUUCAUGGUAGAAUUAAUUAUUUUCAAGAACUUAAGGAGAAAUUAAAUUAGUUUAUUGCAAAAAUUAAAAGCUCAGUUCAAUUAAAAUACUAUAAUGUUGUAAAUUCUUUAAGUAAAUAAAAUGAAGAAGAAUAAAAUAUUAAACUUCUUGAAAGUAUUAUCUCUAUUUUAGAAGAUUUAAGAAAAUAAAAAAAAUAAAAAGUCAAUGAAAAUAUGCUCGCUGAAGCAAUUUAAGAUAAAAUUAUAUUUUAAAAUAAUAAAUUUUAUCUCAAAAAACGGUUUAUUAAUUUAAAAAAACUUCAGACUUUAAUUUAUUUUGGUGAAUUUUUAACUGAAACUAUUUAAAAUUCUUACAAUUACUUAGAAAGUUUAGAAUAAAAAAGCUUAAAUGCAUAAAAUAGCAAUCAAUACAAUUUAUUUUUAUAAAAAAAUGUCAAUUAAUAAAAUUUAUAAGAAUUUAUUUCCUAAAUAUAAUCUUCGAAAUAUUCUGUUUAGCAGUUGAUAUUAGAUUUAGUUAAAAUUGAUUAUCGAUAAAUAUUUGAUUAAUUAACUUAAAUAAAUUCAAUUUAAAUCUUAUCUCUUAAACCAAACAAUUGUGGUAAAGAAGGAGCAACAAAAUUAUCUAAUUAUUUGUCAAACCUUAAAUAUUUGAAAAGCCUGAGUUUAGAUUUUAAAAAUGAUUAAAUAGGAGCAGAAGGGCUGUUUGAGGUUUCAAACACUUUUUAAAAUCUAGGGAAAAGUUUAGAAAUAUUAAAACUAAAUUUAGAAGAAAACAAGCUUAAAUAAUGUGGGUUUUUAGCUGAAAAACUUCAAUUUUUAAACAAUUUAACAAGUCUUAGCAUAAAAUUAGGGUUAAAUUUAUUUGUAAAGAGCUAAAUCGUUGAAAUUCUCUACAGUAUUAAAGAUCUUUAUAAAUUAAGAAAUCUAGAAUUGGAUUUUUAAAAUUAAAAAGUGGAUGAGAUGUGCUUUAGAGUUUUUAGCGAAAGCUUAGAAAACAAAUAAUUACUCAAAUUAUCUUUGAACUUAAAUAAUUCUUAGUUAAAAAUGAGUGAAUUAAAGUAGUGGAAUGUAGAUUAAUUAAAAGAUAUUUAGGAGUUGAAUUUGAAUCUAUCUAAUAAUUCUAUUUUAGACAAUGACUUAUAAUCGUUCUUUUUAGCAAUAUCUUAAUUAAAAAAUAUUCAGAUAUUAUCCCUCCAUCUAGAUAACGUUUUAUCAAAUGAGCUUAAAGCAGAUUAUCAGUGCACAUACCCAUAAGGUUUAUCUGAAAUUUUAAAAAAUGCUGCUCAUCUAAAAGAGUUAGAAUUAAGCUUAGGGGCAAACAAAAUAGAAAUUAAUUAAAUAACCUAAAUAUCAGUAUGUUUAAAAUAAUUAACUUAAAUAAGAAAGCUCAAACUUUAUUUAUGGAAUAACGGUCUCAAUGAAUAAGGCUUAAGUGUGUUGAUUAAAAAUAUCAAGCCCCUAGUAAACCUUCAAUGCCUACAUUUAGAUUUUUAGUGGAAUCAAUUAAAGUAGUUAAAUAAUCUUUAAUAUAUUUUUAACACUAACUUAUCAUCAUGCUUGGAAGAUCUUUACUUAAACUUUAGCAAUAACGAGUUAGCAAAUAAUGAAGCCCUACAAUUGAUUUAGUAAUUAGGAUCUCUUUAAUAUUUAAAUAAAUUAAACUUAGACUUCUCUUCAAAUAAAUUGUAUUAUUCCUCUAUAUCUUAGCUGCUGCAGCUUCUAGAUAAGAACUCUGAUUAACUAGAAGAAAUAUCUUUCAGUGCAAGGGAUAAUAUCUUAACAAAUACAGAAAACGAGGUUUAUCUGCCUUCUAAAUAUUUCAAAAAGCUAAAAUAUAUAUCAUUAGAUUUAGGAAAUACUUUCUGUGAAGAUCAAAUGAUAAUUCUAAUUAAGAAUUUAUUAUAAAAUUGUUACGGUGCUGAAGUAGAAACUAUAAAACUUAAUAUGGAAUAAAUAAAAGUAAAUGGAGAAAAAAAUUUAUUUGAAAUGAUUGGAAGUCUCUAACUGUUUGAAGAUCUCAGAUAUUUGAGUUUAAAUUUAAAUAAAAUUAAGAGCAUUUAAAACUUAUUUGUUGAAAAGAUAGUUUCCUCGAUUCCUCAUCAUAAACUAAAACAACUCCACUUAUAGUUGAGUGAUAUAGAAUUAAGUGAUCGUAUUGAAAGUUUAGUUUUAGAAUUAGUAACUACCUAAAAAGACUUAAAUUCGUUGACACUGGAUAUUUGGAAAAACAAAAUUUUUGAUAGAACUUUCGAAAAUAUUAUAGAUACUUUGACAAAUAAAACAGAAAAUAAUAUAAUAGAAUUUAAUAUUAAUGCUUGGGAUAAUUAGCUUAGUGAAUAAUUAUAGAAACAAAUUGCCAAAAAAUUAUAAAAUCUUCAGUAGUUGAGAGGAUUUUGUUAGUUUUGAUUUAAAUUAAUACAUCAAUAUUCAAUUGAUUAUGAGUAUUUAAAGAACCAUUUUCAAACACUUUCAAUAUAUUCUAUUUCCUAAUCUAUUUCAAAAACUUCCUUAUAAUUUUUCAAAUCUUAAGCAUUCAUAUAAAAUUUUUUCUUUAAGAAAGAAAGAAGUGCCUCGAUAUUAUCUCCCCAUAAGUUAGCAAGUAUUCUAUAUUAUUCUAUUUUAUUCUCUUGUAUAUACAAAAAUAAAUAAUUAGCUUUAUCAUUAAAAU